GACAACACACUAUAGCGUGUACAGCGAGUGUAGCAGGGAGGCCGUAUACCGCUGGUACGUGUUGCUGGGCCGUGGGCCGUCACGACAGUCGGUUUGGUGCAACUGAUAUCUUUGCUGUGGAAAAAUCAUCUCUUCCAAUGGUGGCAAAUAGCUAAAAGCUACCCUUUCUAUCAUGGGCUCCCUUUCGUUUUUGACGAGGCCAAUUCAGCUUGUCUUGCACUCCCGGCCCGGACAACUGGCCGUGUUUUUGCUGGAGAAGACGACGCAGGUUGCCGCUGAAGCAUUCGAAGCCCUGGUGGGCCGGGAGAGUAUAGGGGCAUCAGAGGGCAGUGCGAAGGAGGGUGAGAAAGACGGACAAAGCCAACCCGUGGAUUCUGAGGAGUCGGAGAAAUUAGUUGAGCCUGGGAAAGUGACUAAUCCAAAUGCUACACAGAAGAAUGAAGGAUUUCUGGUUCGAUUAACUCGAAUUCCAGCAAAACAUCUCCGACAUCUUCAAAAUUGGUUGCGUUCCUUGCAAGCCGAGGAGCCACCUACCGUCUCCAUAUCGUCCCCCGGCCCCGCGAUAGAGGGCCGGCGACGUCUGGUUGCUAGGAAACGGCUGGACGAGCUUGGCUUCGUCACUAGGGUGUUUCGGUGCGCCCUCUACGCCCUGACGGACACUCUUGAUUUCGUAGGGGUUAAAGUGAGCCUGUUGGAGUAUGCCAAGGGGACACUGCGUGUAUCUGGAGACAAGACCAUAGACUGCAGUCCGGUCAAGGAGAGGUCGGCCUUCUCACCCAACAAGCGGAAGGAGUGUGAGGAGAGUGAGGAGGAAGAUUACGAUGAGGAAGACGAACAGGAGGAGGAUCUUGGAACCCUGGAGCAGCUGAAUAAGAGCUACAAUUCAGAAGAUGAUGUGGAUUAUCAGCCACCGCGUGAGGAGGAGCUCAACACCGACUCGGAGGAGUAUAAGGAAGGGCAGACCGAGAGCGAGGAAUCGGGGCAAAGUGGGGAGGACGAGGGAGCCAAGGUACCACUUCCUGCUCGCCGUUCCAUCAAGCCGUCUACCGGGGCUGCCAAGGUGAAGCCUGCUACUAGCAGUGCGGAUGGUGAUGGUUCCGCCCCGAACAGCAAAGGCAAGCCCCCGGACCGAGACAUCCCCAAAUCUGUUGCUGAAAGCACCGCCGUACCCUCCACCACCGUACCCUCCACCACUGAGGUUGAUUCAGCAAUUGCCCAAGGCACCGCUGGUAAAAUGAAAAGCAAAACAAAAGGCGGAGAUCUGAAUGACCACAGUUCGGUCAAGGAGGGGUCGGCCUUCUCCCCCAGCAAGCGGAAGGAGGGCGAGGAGAGUGAGGAGGACGAUAACGAUCAGGGAGACGACCAGGAGGAGGAUCUUGGAACUCUGGAGCAGCUGAAUAAGAGCUACAAUUCAGAAGAUGAUGUGGAUUAUCAGCCACCGCGUGAGGAGGAGCUCAGCACCGACUCGGAGGAGUAUAAGGAAGGGCAGACAGAGAGCGAGGAAUCGGGGCAGAGUGGGGAGGACGAGGGAGCCAAGGUAGCACUCCCUGCUCGCCGUUCCAUCAAGCCGUCUACCGGGGCUGCCAAGGUGAAGCCUGCUACUCGCAAUGCGGAUGGUGAUGGUUCUGCCCCGGCAAGGCCCGGCACCAAAGGCAAUCCCCCGGACCAAGACAUCCCCAAGUCCGUUGCUAGAAGCACCGCCGCACCCUCCACCACAAUACGCUCCACCACCAUACUCUCCGCCACGAUCACCGCAAAAUCCCAGCCUGAGACCAAGUCGGUGUCUGAGGUUGAUUCAGCAAUUGCCCAAGGCGCCGCUGGUAAAAUGAAAAUCAAAACAAAAGGCAGAGAUCUGAAUGGUGAGCAAGUCAAAAACCUCCCAAAAAUCGAUCCAGGUAAAAAGAACAAGAAUCUACCUGCAUCAGACAGAACCCCGUGAAAAAAACCUGUUGUGCAGAGUUUAAUGGGAGUUGAUAUCACCGAAAAGAAAGCACUUAGUUUUCACGAUCAAAUAAUUUAAUAACAGAAUGAAGCAUUGUCAAAAUAGUGAAGAUGUUAUUAUAAGAUGGAAUUUUUUGCGUCGGGGUGAUAUAAAUCAAAGUAGGUUUUGCCCUUCAAGAUGUUAAAAGAAACACAAGUUGUUAACGAAAAGAAAGGACAUUGUUAUUUCUUAUUAAUCUGGUGUAGUCAUUACAGAAUGGAUAUUGUUAAAUUGUUAACUAUUUUUGAAUAUUAAUAUAUAAAGUGAAAAAAAUUAUGAAAAAAAUACUAACUGCAAUAAAAGAUGAUUACACAAAGGUAUUCUGCACGAUUGCACCAUUAGGGCCCUACACAUUCAAAUUUAGUUCUGCUGUAGCAAUGUCCUUGUCAUGUUAUCUUGCUGACAAUUGGAUAAAAUGAAAUCCAAAGAUGACUAUCUAAUUAAAAUUCUGUUUGCUUUUCAACUAUAA